UCCCAUCACUGGCACAAUCCACGCGCCUAUCGCUGUCCUUGGGUUGCUAUUAUUCACUCAAUAACUCUGUCAAGAGGUACCUUUCCAGGAGCGUGCUGUAAUCAACAGUUCUGGGUCAAACCCGAAGAAGUACUUUUACCGAGAAUUUCUGAAUGUUUUACCCUGUACCUCUCGACUCAAGCUCUCUGAAGGUCGCAUUACUGGACACAGUGAAACAGCGGUAGAAUACGUACAACCUCACUUGAACAUUCGAGUCGCCCGACCCGAGAAACCCUCCACCUCGCAUUCUUCUGGACCUUAUAAAUACUCGGCGGUGGGCUCUGCCGCCUCACAUUUUCACGCCGGCUGCCCAAAACGCCCUUUAAGCAUUAAACGCGCUGGUACCCCCGCGGCCGUGUCCCGCCGGCAGCUUCCAACCCCGGGGCGCUGCUCCUCCGGGCACGCGGCACGAGCCUGGUUUGAGAGCCAUUCUUCCGAGUAAUAUGCGAGGCGUACUGGAGGUGAGGAUACACAACGCCUACCCAGCGGAGCAUUGGGAGAAACGUGGCUUGAUCUCCCUCUUGUGGAAAAUUAUUGGAACUAUAUUCUUGUGAUACUGAAGAAAAAAAGUCCAGCAUCCAUUGGGAAACAAAUGAUGGCAGCUGUUACCAUGCCCCCUGAUGCUCUUGUCAGCCCUCAAGGAAAUGAAGAGGUGGACUCUCUUAUUGCACUGCAUUAUAAUUACACAGGAAAGCUUAUUUUAAGGGAAAAGGCAACUGAUAAAAUAGACCUGCCCACUAUUUCAUUUCUGAUCCUAUGUAGUUUCAUAGUCCUGGAAAACCUGAUGGUGUUGAUUGCCAUAUGGAAAAACAAUAAAUUUCACAACCGCAUGUACUUUUUCAUUGGCAAUCUAGCACUCUGUGAUCUUUUAGCUGGGAUUGUUUACAAGGUAAACAUUCUUAUGUCUGGGAAGAAAACUCUGAGCUUGUCCUCUACAAUCUGGUUCAUUAGGGAAGGCAGCAUGUUUGUUGCUCUGGGAGCUUCCACUUUCAGCUUGCUAGCGAUAGCUAUUGAGCGGCACUUGACCAUGAUUAAAAUGAGGCCUUACGACGCAAAUAAAAAAUACAGAGUGUUCCUUCUCAUUGGCACGUGCUGGCUUAUUUCAAUUUCCUUGGGUGCCCUCCCCAUCCUCGGCUGGAACUGUAUAAACAACUUACCAGAUUGCUCAACAAUUUUGCCUCUGUACUCCAAAAAUUAUGUUGUGUUCUGCAUUAGUAUCUUCAUAGCCAUUUUGGUCGCCAUUGUCAUCCUUUAUGCCCGCAUCUAUAUACUGGUAAAGUCCAGCAGCCGUAAUGUCACCAACCACAAUAACUCGGAGCGGUCCAUGGCACUCCUUAGGACUGUUGUGAUUGUCGUUAGUGUCUUCAUUGCAUGCUGGUCUCCACUGUUCAUCCUGUUCCUCAUCGAUGUGGCCUGCAGAGUCAAGGAGUGCUCCAUCUUGUACAAAGCCCACUGGUUUAUUGCUCUGGCAGUCAUCAAUUCUGCAAUGAAUCCCAUCAUCUACACCCUGGCCAGUAAGGAAAUGCGUCGGGCUUUCUUUCGCCUUGUUUGUGGCUGCCUGGUGAAAUCCAAGGUGGCCAGAUCUUUGCCUAUUCAACCCACUCCAGAUCACAGUCGAAGUAAAUCCAGCAGUAGCAAUACGCAGAAGCCAAAAGAAGAUUUCCCACCAAUAAAUGUUCCCUCAUGUAUUGCUGAGAAAAGUGAAUCUCCAUUUCACAAUGGAAACUUCUGUAAGUAAGGGACUACUCAAGACAAGUACUUUUCUGUGUUUUUAGUUUUAAGCUACAGGUGUAGUUUAAAUAUUCAUGCACUUCAGUCACAGGCGAAAACACUAACUGUUUAUUUAACUUUGAGAACUUAUUUAUCAACAAUCAUUUGCUUUGGGUGUUCAUUCGGUUACACACCUGAUUCAGAAAAAGCCUUUCAGGCUACCCAGCGGCCAGGACAGAGUCCAUGCAUAGCUAAGGACAUCGAGUGCCGCAAUGGCGUUGCAUGCUAAGGCUUCAUUUGGCACCUCCUGAUCUUGCAAGACAUCAUUAAAACCUGUUAGAAACUUCAGCAUUCACUAAAGACUGCUGACAACUCUAAGAUGAGCCCAGUUAUUGCCAUCUGGGAGAAGAAUUCAUUGGAUAAGUUGGUGAUUAUUGUUCUCUAUAUGUAUCUUGCUGUUGUGUUAAUGGCCUUAUAAGUAUGUGGUACAAAUAGCUGUGUAUUUGUACAAUUUCUCAUUAAAAAGUCAUUGAUUGGUAAAAGUUUACAACAUGCUAAACAUUGUAUUGCAGUAUACAGUGUGACUAAUUUUACAAGUAGAUGCGUUUCAAUGGGGAUAUUUAAAAUGAAGUAGUAGCUUUUAACUGUCAGAAACUUUAACAAGUCAUAUCAAUGCAGUAUUUUUAUUUUUUCCAUUGUUAUUCAAACUUUUCAUGUUUAGUGAAAGACAACAUGACAGUUGUCAUUGUGGCAUUUCACAACAUAUUUUAAGUGAGCAGUAGUAAACCAUUGAGAGAGGAUAUAUAUUUGCUAUUUAAAGUAGUUAAAAUGUGACCCCUCAAUACAUGUGUAACAAGUGUAUGUGCUGUUUCAAUGCAUAUAUUUUUCCUUACUAUUUUCAAUAUAUUUAAAAAUGUAUGUCCAACCUAUAUAAACCUGUGUACAUUGUGAAUGCACUACCUAAGCUGAGAUCCUUCAGUUCUGAGAGACAGACAUAUCAUUUCAGAAAGCAGUGAACUACAGUGGGUUCCUGUGGAGUUCCUUCUUUCCUUUCUAGGCCCUACCACAGUGUGGGACUGCUCGCUGGGAAGUUCUGCGAGUGGGACAAUGUCCCAUUUUCUGUCAGUGGGAUCCUAUGCUUCUGUCAUUUCUGGACACUUCUGCAGAUACAAGAGGGAAGAUGCGGUACAGCAGGGUCAUGCUGAAGGGCAUAUCUCCAUUUGUACCUGACCCUGCCUAGGAUCUGGAAGGUUUAUUUAGUUUGGAAGACCUGGAGCCCCAGCCCCAGCCUUUCAAGAGCCCAUUCCAGAGAAACCUAACAACUUUUAAGUUCAUCACUGCCUUACCAGCCUGAGUACGGGUUGAUGUUGAAUGUCAAAGCGGUUUCCUGAGUCCUGGAGCAUUAAAGACUUCACAGACAUCUGGUUUCAGGUCCUCAUGGAAGUGGCCUGUGGUACUUCCAUCAAUUGUACUUUAUGGCUGGAGGCUUCAGUGGAGUUUGAUGGGAAAUUCUGGGACAAGUUCCUGUUGUCUCAGUAAGAAUGUAUACAUCUAACUUCAUUGGGCUCUUUCAAAGAUUUGUGUUUAAUGUCUCAAAAUACACUUUGCCUUAUGCACAAUCAGAAGUAGUUGAGGCUUUUUUAAUACACAGCCUGAAAGAGCUCAUCCUUAUCUUUACUCUGGUCUUAAACAUUUAAAGCAGCAUCAUUAGACUCUUCUCAAAUAUGUAUUGUGUAUAAGUUGUGAAUUGUAUGUAGCAAAAACCUUUAAAAUGUAGAGGUUUGCAUUGUGAUUAUCUUUUACAAAUUAAUAGUGUGUAAAUGUAGAAAAGUGUAUAAGAACAAAGAAGAAUUGUAUUUGAAUCAAAUAACUGUGAAAGAGAGUAGUAAAUAUGAAAUAAUUUCUACCAAAAACGUUGAAAAGCAGUGCACUUAGAGGAGAAGAAAAAGCAAAACCAAGGUAAGCAUGAUAUAACUAAAUGUAUUGUACAUACAGGCUGCAGGCUCUGUAGCUUUGUGAGAAAUAGAACUGGUGACGUUGCAUUGCCAUGGCUUGAUUAGGUUUUUAGAUUUUACAUUGCUGUUGGGCUGUAUUGUGGAAGUUCUCUCCCGAAGUUGUGGCUUUUAAAACUGUAAGCUUAAAUAUUUGUGUACUUGUGUUAGUUGUCAGUGUGGUGGCACAUGGCAGCUUCCUUGCUAUUGUAGAGCAGAUAGGCCUUAGGAACAAAAUGAUUUGAGAAAACAUGGUUGCUGAACCCACACCAACCCUCAUGUCAAGGCUGUUACAUGAUUCUUGUUGUAUAGGUGAAAAAUAAAAAUUUUUUGAUGGCCAAAGUCCGAGAAGAUGUACAUAAAAGUGAGUUUUAACAUCUGUGUUCUAGCCUUAGCUAUUCUCAGUAUUGGUGCAAGAUACAAGUAAUGCAAAGAACUUAAAGCCCAUGGGAUUGCUUGUUAGUACAAAACCCUUUCAUUCUACUUGGAUUUCCUUCUCUUAUUUUGGAGCUGUGGGGAUAUUUUGUUAGUUCACUAGCCUGCUGUACUUGAAGCAGGUUUCUAUGAUUCAUGGCUUCACAUGUAACACUGCUAGUACAAUUUACAAAGUUCUUAUGAUUGGAGAAAAAAAUUAUUGUCAAUACAAUCUUCAGUGAGUCCAUUCCCAUUGGGAAUUACUAAAUAAGGCAUAUUAGUCCAUCCCAUUGGGAAUUACUAGAUAAGGCAUAGAUUGUGAAAGAUUUCAGAGCAGAAUUUAAAUUAGGACAAGUCAAGAGUUUAAGUAGUGGACCUUAAACAGCCAGGAAGAUGCCACACCCUUGAAGCUGGAAAAAGAUGGAAAAUAUCUUCUUUCACCCUAAUAUAUUAUAAAAUUCCUCCAAACACAUUCCAGAAUCUAACUUUUUAUCAUCCAGGCUGAUUUGAGCAUACAGGAAACUGAAUUUGGUUUCCCUUUCCAAUUGGUUUUACAUGGAGCAAAGGCUACGAAGCCAUUCAUUCAUUCAUAUUAUUAAAUGAAUUGGAAUAUUUGUUUUAAUUAUGGAUUAAUAACUGAAUGCAAAUCCAGUCACCUGUGGAAAAAAUAAAGGUUUUCACAAUCUGC